AUGUGGAAUGACUAUGUACACAUUCCUUGGACCUCACACAGUGAGGAAUUACCCAUAACAAAUGAAGUAGAUGUAACACGUCCCUCCUCCUCCCAACAAGUUAUGCCAGACCAUGAUAUGGUUGAUAUGUUACAGGAUGCAUUUAGGUUUCAUGAUGAUACAACCAGGCCUCAAUCUUCUUCAGAGCCAAUUGGACGUCCAGACUCUGGUCCUACGCCAGAUGCCAAAAAAUUCUACAAACUACUUGACGAUGCAGAUACUGAUAUUUUUCCAGGGGCACGGAUAAAGAAGCUUGAAUUUUUAGUGAGGUUAUAUAAGAUAAAGUGUUUGCACUCAAAUAGUGAUGUAUCUUUUUAUGAAACUUUGGAUCUAUUGAGAGACACAUUUCCUGCAAGUACGACUCUCCCAAAGAGUUUUUACAAGACAAAAAAAAUGAUCAAAGAUAUUGGGUUGUCAUAUGAAAAGAUUCAUGCAUGUCCGAAUGAUUGUAUGUUGUAUUGGAAAGAGCAUGAAAAUGAUACUAGUUGUCACGUUUGUGGUACUAGCCGAUGGAAAAAGAAGAAGAAUGACACUGAAGCUGGUGGAAAACCAAAAGCAGCUAAGAUUUUACGUUAUUUUUCAUUAGGUCCUAGAUUGCAACGUUUAUAUAUGUCUCGCCAUACUACAGAUUCGAUGUCUUGGCAUUCAAAAUUAAGGACUAAAGAUGGGGUACUCAGACAUCCUGCUGAUUCUCCUGCUUGGGCAAAGUUGGAUGAAAAGUAUCCAGAUUUUGGUAAUGAGUGUCGUAAUGUUCGCCUGGGGUUGGCUAGUGAUGGAUUUAACCCUUUUGGAAUGAUGAGCUCUUCACAUAGUACUUGGCCUGUUGUGAUGUCUGUUUAUAAUCUACCUCCUUGGUUAUGCAUGAAGCAGCCAUACUUGUUCUUGUCAUUGCUUAUACCAGGCCCAAAGGGACCCGGUAACAAUAUUGAUGUGUAUUUACAACCAUUAAUGGAAGAGCUGAAGAUGUUGUGGAAUGAAGGGAUUGAGACAUAUGAUGCAUUCAAGAAAGAGACUUUUACCAUGCGAGUUGCUGUGUUGUGGACUAUUAAUGAUUUUCCUGCAUAUGCCAUGUUAUCCGGUUAUAGCACAAAAGGUUACAAAGCUUGUCCAGUGUGUGCUGAAGAUACAGAGUCUGUUAGGCUGGUGAAUUGUAAAAAAGAAUGUUUUAUGGGUCAUCGUCGGUGGUUGAAUGAUGAUCAUCGGUACCGUAGAUGGAAAAACAAUUUUAAUGGUGCUGCUGAACAAAGGCCUCGCCCAAAGCCUAUGACGGGUACAGAAUGUCUAAGAGCAACGCAUGGUUUGAUAAUUCAAUUUGGGAAUGGGAAAAAGAUGAAAAUUCCUCGAAAACGUAAGCGAACAUCUGAUGGACCACCCGAGCAGGACUUUGGCAAUUGGAGGAAGAGAAGUAUAUUUUUUGAACUACCUUACUGGGAGCAUCUUUUAUUGCGCCAUAAUCUAGAUGUUAUGCAUAUCGAGAAGAAUGUCACUGAUAAUGUUGUUGGCACUUUACUUGGAGUUAAAGGGAAAAACAAGGACAAUAAAAAUGCUCGAAACGACUUGGUUCUUCUCAAUGUCAAGCAUGGUCUUCAUCCUGUGCCCGUAGGUGACAGUCUAAGAUAUCCUUCAGCUAGCUUUAAUUUGUUAAAGGAGGAGAAAACGAUGAUGUGUGAAGUAAUGGCUGACUAUCGACCACCAGACGGCUGGUCUUCCAAUAUUAGCAACUGUGUCCGAGUUGAAGAAAGAAAAUUAAUUGGGUUGAAGAGUCUGUCAUAUUUUGAUGCAGUAUCUACUCCCAUGCCAAUUGCUAUUCGUAGGCCCAUUAAGUGUAAACCACUUAUUAAAGUGAUACUAGAAUUGAGUGGAUUUUUCAGGCAAUUGUGCACUAAGGUUGGUUCAAAAGCUUACUUUGAAGAUCUAUCGCGGAAGAUUGCCUUAACAUUAUGUGAUUUGGAGUGUAUAAUGCCACCCUCAUUUUUUGACAUAAUGGAGCAUUUACCCAUUCAUUUGGUUGAUGAAGCUGCAAUAGCAGGCCCAGUUCAGUAUAGAUGGAUGUAUCCUAUUGAAAGGUACUUACACACUUUGAAAGAGUACGUGCGCAAUAAGGCUCACCCCGAAGGAAGCAUUGCUGAAGGAUACAUCAUAGAUGAGUGUCUCUCAUUUUGUACUAUGUAUUUAUCAGGUGAUACUGCAUCAGAAUGA